GGCAGAGGAACUGAUGGAUGAGGAGGAGGAGGGUGAGGAUCUGGAGGAAACCAUCAGCAAGGACAAGCUGCGGGCACUGCACGCGAAGUUCGACAAGAACGGCGAUGGCAAGGUCUCUCUGGCGGAGGUCCUGGAAUUUGCCGAUCACCAAGCCCAUGCGAUUGCCGGAAGAGACGUGAAAACCAUCCUUGAGGAGAUUGAUGCAGAUAAAGAUGGAAAGUUGUCUUUGCAAGAGCACUUGAAUGAUAUCCAUCGUGAUGAGCCUGAGACCGAAGAAGAAAGGAAAGAACUGGAGCUUCAAAAGAAACUGGAGACGGAGAAGUUUAUGGCCGCCGACGCCGACAAGGAUCAAAAACUGGACAUCAAAGAAGUGGUAUCCUUGUUUUUUCCUGAAACCAACGCUGCCGUGCUGAGCGUUGUGGUGAAAGAUACCAUGAAGGCCAGAGAUAAGGAUGGUGACGGCGUGCUGAGCUUCAAGGAAUUUUCGGAACAGGAACCCGAUGAUGAAGGUAUCACUGUUGAAGGUGAUGAGGAAAAGGCUCAGCACGACGACGAGCUGAAAGACUUCAAGAAUUUGGACAAAGAUGGCGACGGUGUGUUGAACCUCGAAGAAUUGAAAGCAUGGGAGUCUGGUGUGUUCCACACUGAAGCAGCCAUGCUGCGGUUGAUUCAGACGGCCGACAAAGACGGAGACAUGCAGGCGACGGCCGAGGAACUGGAAAACGCGCGAGAAGAGUUGGCCAGUACAGAUGUCCAUGACCACCUGAUGGAGUGGGCAGAGAGCCAUGAACUUUGAGGGUCGGUUUGCGCCGAAUCACUCCAUGACUGCACAG